AUGACUAGCAUUCAAACCAUCACACCUCUAACCAGAACAACUGAAUAUCUAAUGUCAAAAAUGACAUCCCUAGCAACACCAACUGUUCCUCAAACCAAAGUAUCUCAGACCUCUAUAGCAGCUGCUAGCACAGUUGAAUUUCAAACAGAAGCAACAGAUCUAACAAGCACAACUGUGGCUAUAGCUCCAACAUCAAAAUUUGCAACAACAAAAACUCCACCACAAAACUUACCCAAUUUGAGUGGUGCAUCUGUGGUCAAAACCAAGUUAGUUUUCACAUCGGCAUCAUCAGUCCCCAGUGAAACUCUGGUCCUCAGUGCUAUCAGUACUCUCCGGAACACCAGAGAGUCACAACUAAAUGAAUCAGUGAAGCUGGUGAAUGUCUCCUAUGAGAAAAUAUCAGAAACCUCCUAUACCCUCAUUUUUACCUUUAAUCUGAGUAAUAUCAGCAUUCCAGAGGAUGCAGCGCUAAUAAACAACACGUACCAGCAAGUGCAGGAUGUCAUUAAUAGUGUGCUGAACACUCUUCUGAAUGACCCUGGUAGUCCCGUUUUGGAACCCAGGUCCUCCAACUUCACGAGCUCAUCAAACCAAAUUGAGGGCAUCAUGGAAUACACCUUCCAGGAUGGAGAUGUUAUACAACCAGUGAGCUUCCUAAAUGAGCUUCGUUUACUGAUGGGAUUGACUACUACAACAGUGUCUCUACUAACAACAAGUAGCUCUCCUCUGAGCCCUAUAGUCCUUGUAUCUGGUUCAGCAGUGGUGAAAAGCAAGCUGCUGUUUAACUCCUCAUCUCCAGUCCCCAGUGAAGCUCUGGUUCUCAGUGCUAUCAGUACACUCAGGAACUCCAGAGAGUCACAACUAAAUGAAUCAGUGAAGCUGGUGAAUGUCACCUAUGAGAAAAUCUCGGAAACCUCCUAUGCCCUCAUCUUUACCUUUAAUCUGAGUAAUAUCAGCUUUCCAGAGGACCCAGCGCUAAUAAGCAACACGUACCAGCAAGUGCAGGAUGUCAUUAAGAGUUCGCUGAACACUCUUCUGAAUGACCCUGGUAGUCCCGUUUUGGACCCCAAGUCCUCCAACUUCACGAGCUCAUCAAACCAAAUUGAGGGCAUCAUGGAAUACACCUUCCAGGAUGGAGAUGUUAUACAACCAGUGAGCUUCCUAAAUGAGCUUCGUUUACUGAUGGGAUUGACUACUACAACAGUGUCUCUACUAACAACAAGUAGCUCUCCUCUGAGCCCUAUAGUCCUUGUAUCUGGUUCAGCAGUGGUGAAAAGCAAGCUGCUGUUUAACUCCUCAUCUCCAGUCCCCAGUGAAGCUCUGGUUCUCAGUGCUAUCAGUACACUCAGGAACUCCAGAGAGUCACAACUAAAUGAAUCAGUGAAGCUGGUGAAUGUCACCUAUGAGAAAAUCUCGGAAACCUCCUAUGCCCUCAUCUUUACCUUUAAUCUGAGUAAUAUCAGCUUUCCAGAGGACCCAGCGCUAAUAAGCAACACGUACCAGCAAGUGCAGGAUGUCAUUAAGAGUUCGCUGAACACUCUUCUGAAUGACCCUGGUAGUCCCGUUUUGGACCCCAAGUCCUCCAACUUCACGAGCUCAUCAAACCAAAUUGAGGGCAUCAUGGAAUACACCUUCCAGGAUGGAGAUGUUAUACAACCAGUGAGCUUCCUAAAUGAGCUUCGUUUACUGAUGGGAUUGACUACUACAACAGUGUCUCUACUAACAACAAGUAGCUCUCCUCUGAGCCCUAUAGUCCUUGUAUCUGGUUCAGCAGUGGUGAAAAGCAAGCUGCUGUUUAACUCCUCAUCUCCAGUCCCCAGUGAAGCUCUGGUUCUCAGUGCUAUCAGUACACUCAGGAACUCCAGAGAGUCACAACUAAAUGAAUCAGUGAAGCUGGUGAAUGUCACCUAUGAGAAAAUCUCGGAAACCUCCUAUGCCCUCAUCUUUACCUUUAAUCUGAGUAAUAUCAGCUUUCCAGAGGACCCAGCGCUAAUAAGCAACACGUACCAGCAAGUGCAGGAUGUCAUUAAGAGUUCGCUGAACACUCUUCUGAAUGACCCUGGUAGUCCCGUUUUGGACCCCAAGUCCUCCAACUUCACGAGCUCAUCAAACCAAAUUGAGGGCAUCAUGGAAUACACCUUCCAGGAUGGAGAUGUUAUACAACCAGUGAGCUUCCUAAAUGAGCUUCGUUUACUGAUGGGAUUGACUACUACAACAGUGUCUCUACUAACAACAAGUAGCUCUCCUCUGAGCCCUAUAGUCCUUGUAUCUGGUUCAGCAGUGGUGAAAAGCAAGCUGCUGUUUAACUCCUCAUCUCCAGUCCCCAGUGAAGCUCUGGUUCUCAGUGCUAUCAGUACACUCAGGAACUCCAGAGAGUCACAACUAAAUGAAUCAGUGAAGCUGGUGAAUGUCACCUAUGAGAAAAUCUCGGAAACCUCCUAUGCCCUCAUCUUUACCUUUAAUCUGAGUAAUAUCAGCUUUCCAGAGGACCCAGCGCUAAUAAGCAACACGUACCAGCAAGUGCAGGAUGUCAUUAAGAGUUCGCUGAACACUCUUCUGAAUGACCCUGGUAGUCCCGUUUUGGACCCCAAGUCCUCCAACUUCACGAGCUCAUCAAACCAAAUUGAGGGCAUCAUGGAAUACACCUUCCAGGAUGGAGAUGUUAUACAACCAGUGAGCUUCCUAAAUGAGCUUCGUUUACUGAUGGGAUUGACUACUACAACAGUGUCUCUACUAACAACAAGUAGCUCUCCUCUGAGCCCUAUAGUCCUUGUAUCUGGUUCAGCAGUGGUGAAAAGCAAGCUGCUGUUUAACUCCUCAUCUCCAGUCCCCAGUGAAGCUCUGGUUCUCAGUGCUAUCAGUACACUCAGGAACUCCAGAGAGUCACAACUAAAUGAAUCAGUGAAGCUGGUGAAUGUCACCUAUGAGAAAAUCUCGGAAACCUCCUAUGCCCUCAUCUUUACCUUUAAUCUGAGUAAUAUCAGCUUUCCAGAGGACCCAGCGCUAAUAAGCAACACGUACCAGCAAGUGCAGGAUGUCAUUAAGAGUUCGCUGAACACUCUUCUGAAUGACCCUGGUAGUCCCGUUUUGGACCCCAAGUCCUCCAACUUCACGAGCUCAUCAAACCAAAUUGAGGGCAUCAUGGAAUACACCUUCCAGGAUGGAGAUGUUAUACAACCAGUGAGCUUCCUAAAUGAGCUUCGUUUACUGAUGGGAUUGACUACUACAACAGUGUCUCUACUAACAACAAGUAGCUCUCCUCUGAGCCCUAUAGUCCUUGUAUCUGGUUCAGCAGUGGUGAAAAGCAAGCUGCUGUUUAACUCCUCAUCUCCAGUCCCCAGUGAAGCUCUGGUUCUCAGUGCUAUCAGUACACUCAGGAACUCCAGAGAGUCACAACUAAAUGAAUCAGUGAAGCUGGUGAAUGUCACCUAUGAGAAAAUCUCGGAAACCUCCUAUGCCCUCAUCUUUACCUUUAAUCUGAGUAAUAUCAGCUUUCCAGAGGACCCAGCGCUAAUAAGCAACACGUACCAGCAAGUGCAGGAUGUCAUUAAGAGUUCGCUGAACACUCUUCUGAAUGACCCUGGUAGUCCCGUUUUGGACCCCAAGUCCUCCAACUUCACGAGCUCAUCAAACCAAAUUGAGGGCAUCAUGGAAUACACCUUCCAGGAUGGAGAUGUUAUACAACCAGUCAGCUUCCUAAAUGAGCUUCGUUUACAGACUGGCCUAACCACAACCAAAACUCCAAUAACAAACACAACUUCUACACCGACUGUGGUUGGGAAGGCUAUUAUUUACAUUCGCCUUGUGUUUAACACAUUGGGUCCCAUACCAAGUGAGAGUAAAGUUCUAGAUUUGGCUAACUCUCUACUCUACUCACGUCUCAGAGCUGUCUCAACACAAAACCUGAGUGUUCCUGUGAGCUUUGUGAAUCUCAUCUUUCAGAGAAUUUCUAAUACCUCCUACGGUCUCAACUUUGGAUUUGAAAUCAACAAUGUCACCAUGACUGAGAAACUUGAACUCAGAAAUGACUCCUACACAAUAAUUCAAAACUCUAUUAAUAAACUGCUGAACCAGAUCUUAAGUUCCCCCUCAGCUACUCUGUUUGUGUUCAAACAAGCUAAUUUCACGGGUAAUUCCACAGUGAUUCAGGCCGAUGUACAGUACGUUUUCUCAGAAAGUGAUAUUCAGACACCCAGCAUCUUUCUCCAGGAACUCCUCAAAGUUAAUGGUGUUACCACACCUGCUCCUGCUGUAACUUCUCCAACGACUGUGGUUGGGAAGGCGAUUAUUUACAUUCGCCUCGUGUUCAUCACGUUGGGUCCCAUACCAAGUGAGAGUAAAGUUCUAGAGUUGGCCAACUCUUUACUCGACUCACGUCUCAGAACUAAACGUUCUGUCCCAACACAAACCCUGAGUGAUCCUGUGAGCUUUGUGAAUGUCACCUUUCAAAGAAUUUCUGAUAAAUCCUAUGCUCUCAAAUUUGGGUUUGAAAUCAGCAAUGUCACCAUGACUGAGAAACUUGAACUCAGAGAUGACACCUACACAAUAAUUCAAAACUCUAUUAACAAAUUGCUGAACCAGAUCUUAAGUUCUCCUUCAGCUUCUCCAUUUGUGUUCAAACAAGCCAAUUUCAGGGGUAAUUCCACUGUGAUUGAGGCUGAUGUAGAGUAUGUUUUCUCGGAAAGUGACAUCCAGAAUCCCAGCAUCUUUCUCCAGGAACUCCUCAAAGUUAAUGGUGUUACCACACCCGCACCUGCUGUAACUCCCAACACUACAGUACCCAACAACGGUACUAGUGCAGCAUGGGUUGUGGCUAUCAUCGUCCCUUGUGCUAUCAUCAUUAUGCUGGUACCUUGCUGGAUUCUCCUUUGUUGUUUGCUCUGUGGUUGCUGUGCUGCAAUUAGAAGACGUUGGCACAGAAGACAGUCAUACAAUGUACAGUACACCACUCGAAACAGCCUCUUCUAGAGAAUUCAAAGAUAUCCAAUGAGAAAAACAGAAAUGGGCAACACAAUGCAAUAAAAUAAAAAUCAUAAUUUCAGUUGAUUUUACUGAUUGAAUGGUGAUUGAAUGGUGCCUUUAUGUUAUAUAUCAUGAUGAAUUUACUAUGUUGAAGCUUCUUUUAUAAAUUAUUUAUUUUAUUGUGCCUGUGUUGCUGGACAUACAGGAUCUGCAUACAAAAUAAAUGUGAUUUGUUUUCAAGCUUUCUUUGUAGAAUACAUUAUCAUGAUUUUUAAUUUAUUUAUUUAUAACAAUGAAUACUAAAAAUAUAUAAAAGUCAUGUUUUUUACAUGAAAUAUGUCAUUAAAGGGACAAAGGCAGAAUAAUUUAGUUAUAGUUUUUAUUCAAACUUCAUGCACUUUAUCUGUAUACUGUACACCUACAGCAAAUAUAUGUUCUGCAAGUUACAAACAAACAUUUUUAACUGUAAAAACAUCAAUAAAAAAAAAUACUA